AUGGGCGACGUCGUUACUAUCAGAACGAGAAAGGUUAUCACCAACAAGCUUCUUUAUAGAAAGCAAAUGACCGUUGAGGUGAUUCACCCAGGACGCCCAACUGUCCCAAAGGCGGAACUCCGCGAAAAAAUCGCGAAGCUCUACAAGACCACCCCGGAUACCGUGAUUCCAUUCGGAUUCGAAUCGAAGAUCGGAGGAGGAAAGUCGCGUGGAUUCGCAUUGAUCUACGACACUGUCGAUUACGCCAAGAAAUUCGAGCCAAAGUUCCGACUUAUCCGCAUGGGACUCGCCACCAAGGUUGAGAAGCCAGGACGCAAGCAGCGUAAGGAGAGAAAGAACAGACAAAAGAAGGUCCGUGGAACCGGAAAGGCCAAGGUCUCGGCUGGAAAGAAGUAA